AUGAAGUUAUUGAUCAUUGCACUGGUCUGUAUCCAACUCUCUGAGUGUUUCCACAAGUAAGUCAUUAAAAUGCCUUUGCACAGAGGUAAAUCUGUGCGCGAGAUCCUGAAAGAGCGUGGGGAGCUGAAAAAGUUCUUAGAAACUCACAAAUAUGAUCCCGCCUUGAAGUACCGGCAUCUCUUCCCCGGAUACGAGUCAGAAGUUGCAGAUGAGCCGCUCCUGAAUUUCAUAAACAACUUCUACUAUGGAUCCAUUACAAUUGGUACCCCACCUAGGAGUUUCGAGGUUCUGUUUGACACUGGCUCUUCUAACCUUUGGGUCCCAUCCAUCUACUGUGACAGCGCAGCAUGCAGCCACCAUAAGAGAUAUAAUCCAAAUCUAUCCUCAACAUUCAAAACAAAUGGACAGCGCUUCAGCAUAGCUUAUGGUUCUGGUAGUUUAACUGGAUAUUUUGGAUAUGACACUGUUAACGUUGCAGGCAUUUCUAUUCCAAAUCAGGAAUUUGGUCUCAGUCUGUCUGAACCCGGGACUGCCUUUGAGUAUUCCAAAUUUGGUGGAAUCCUUGGUCUUGCAUACCCAGGACUUUCAGCAGGGGGUGCCACAACAGUGUUCGAUAGCAUGAUGCAUGAUAAUCUGGUGUCAUCACCGAUGUUUUCUGUAUACCUGGGCAGGGAAUCGAGUAGUCAAAUAGGUGGUGAAGUGACAUUUGGAGGAGUUGACGAUACGUUGUAUACUGGUGAAAUUGUCUGGGUCCCUGUUCUUCAAGAGCUGUACUGGCUUAUCCCUAUGCAAGGUGUGCUUCUGGAUGGCCAGCCUACCUUCUGUACCCAAGGAUGCCAAGCUAUGGUUGACACUGGUACUUCCUUGCUCACUGCACCAAGUCAGGAAUUAGAACAACUGCUGCAAAAGAUUGGCGCCUAUCAGGAUGAGUACGGUGAGUACGCGGUCAACUGUGAUACUGUAGGAAACCUGCCUUCCUUGACCUUUGUAAUCAAUGGAGUUGAUCUCACUAUUCCAGCCUCAGCCUACAUCCAACAGAGUUAUGGUGUUUGUGCUGUUGGGUUUGAGUCCACCUACCUGCGUGCUCCUACUGAAAAUGGACCAUUUUGGAUCUUGGGUGAUGUCUUCCUGAGGGAGUUCUAUUCUAUUUACGACAGAGGGAACAACAGAAUGGGAUUUGCUAAAGCUGUCUAAGCUCUGUAACUUAUCCCUGUAACUCUGCAAGUGAC